GGAAACAUUCGGGAAACGUUUGAGUCCAGCGCCUUUCCGGUAAACACGCAGUGAACGGUCGGUAUGGACUGAGCGACGGUAAACCGACCGGAAGGAACAACAACAACAACAACAACAACAGCCUGACUCAUCCUCCGAGCGGCAGCCAUGUCUCUGGCCGAGCCCACGUCGGACUCGACGCCGUUCUUCUCCGAUGAGAGCGAGGCGGAGGGUUCGGAGGAGCAGGGCGGAGCGGCGGCGGCUCAGCAGCAGCGGGAGGAGUCGGCCAGCGGCGUGUCGAAGGUCCGAGCCCUGCUGACCGUCUUUAUCCUCUGUUACAUCAACCUGCUCAACUACAUGGACAGGUUCACUGUGGCAGGUGUUCUCCCCGACAUCGAGCAUUACUUCAGGAUCGAUGACGGGAGGUCCGGUUUACUGCAAACAGUCUUCAUCUGCAGCUACAUGUUUCUGGCUCCGGUCUUUGGUUACCUUGGCGACAGGUACAACAGGAAGUACAUCAUGCUGGGCGGGAUCACCUUCUGGUCUGCGGUGACACUCGCCAGCUCCUACACGCCCAAAAAGCAUUUCUGGCUCCUCCUGUUGACUCGCGGUCUGGUUGGAGUCGGGGAGGCGAGUUACUCCACCAUCGCUCCGACGAUCAUCGCCGACCUGUACGUGAAGGGGAAGAGGACCAACAUGCUGUCCAUCUUUUAUUUUGCCAUCCCGGUCGGCAGCGGUCUCGGAUACAUCGCCGGCUCUCAAGUCGGGAAACUGGCAGCAGACUGGCACUGGGCUCUGCGGGUCACUCCGGGUCUGGGUCUCAUCGCGGUUCUGCUGCUGCUCUUUGUGGUCCAGGAGCCCAGAAGAGGAGCCAUCGAGGCUCGACCCGAACAUCACCUGACCCAGACGAGCUGGCUGUCGGACCUGCUGGCUCUGAGCAAGAACUACAGCUUCGUGUUGUCGACCUUCGGCUUCACGGCGGUGGCGUUCGUCACCGGCUCUCUGGCUCUUUGGGCUCCGACGUUCCUGUACAGAGCGGCCGUGGUCACCGGAGAGCGAGCGCCAUGCGUGGAGGACAACUGUGCCGCCACAGAGAGUCUGAUUUUCGGCGCCAUCACCUGCAUCACGGGCUUCCUGGGCGUGGCCAUGGGCGUGGCGGUGAGUCGGAAGCUGAGGACGAGGACGCCGAGAGCCGACCCGCUGGUCUGCGCCUCCGGGCUGCUCCUCUCAGCUCCUUUCCUCUACCUGGCCAUCGUGUUCGCUCAGACCAGCACCAUCGCCACAUACACCUUCAUCUUCCUCGGAGAGUUGUUCCUGUCCAUGAACUGGGCCAUCGUGGCCGACAUCCUGCUGUACGUCGUCGUUCCAACUCGUCGCUCCACGGCCGAGGCUCUGCAGAUCGUCAUCUCACAUCUACUGGGAGACGCAGGAAGUCCGUACCUGAUAGGAGUGGUGUCGGACAGUCUCCGGAGGACGGACUCGUUUCUUUGGGAGUUUCGCUCUCUGCAGCUCUCUCUGCUGCUCUGCUCCUUCGUUGCCGUGAUCGGCGGAGGUUUCUUCCUCGCCACCGCCCUCUUCAUCGAAACAGACCGCCAACGUGCCGAGAACUACGUCCCGACAGAUGACGAGCCCAUCGUCGUCCCGAAAAGCGGCCGGUCCACCAGAGUCCCGGUGUCCAGCGUGCUGAUCUGAAGACAGAACCUGACGGAGGUUCAGCCCGGUCCAGUUCACACCUGUGGUUAUUUUAGUUCAUUCUUUUGGGACUGUAAAAUCUGCCAUGCAGAGAAGUUUUACGUUGGGUUUGUUUUUAAAUUUAACUUUUUAUAUUUUGACCACGCCCGGGAGCACGGCGCCAUCUCGGAAGAACUUUUCUGCAUUUUGUGUCCAGAUCAGAGUCGACGCUCAUCAGAGAGCGGACAGUAACGAGCACUAGAGACUCUGAGGAGGACCGGAGCGAGAUCACAGACCUGACUGUCAUGAAUACGUGAUCCACGGCUUCCAAACCUCGAUUUUAUAUUCAGGCCCAGCUUUAUUAUUCACUUUUCAUAACCAUGUAUUUGUAUAUGUUUGAACGAGUUUUAAUUAUAACGCUAACUUACCUGCAGUCGUGCACGAACCAGAAAACCUCGAUCCAAAAUGUCGGUUUCUUUUUUUAUUCGUGUUCAUCUUUUAAAACCUUUUAAUCCAGUUUUAGUUUCAAAUCUUUGAUUUUCUGGUUUUCUCCGUGUCGUGGAUCACUUCAGUUUCUGUAACCGAGCGGAGAAACUGGUUUGUCUCCGAACACGAGCUGCAGAAAUAACGCCAAUGUUAUUUAAGAAUUAAAAUGAGCUUUUAAAUGAUUGUUAAUAAUCUUUUUUGUGAAUUAUUAAACGAGAAUUAACUUGU